AUGAAGGGGAAGAAGGGUCAGGUUAUGGAUUCUUCUCACUCUCAUUCACCCUCCAAUCUCAACAACCAGUCAGACUCUUGGGAGUGCCCUCGUUCAACCAGAAAACGUUUCAUUUCAGAUUCUGUUACUAUUUCUGGUCGCCGCGCCUCUUUGAGAUCAGCAAAGCGGUUUAUUGAAACUAGAAUGACAUCUGUGCAGGCUUACCAUGAUCAAGAAUGUUCUGUUUUACAACUAGAAUCCCAUUCAACAGAAGUUGCUCAACCUUCCACCCUUGCACCAGAAAUCAGACAUGAAAAGGUUGCAGAUUCUGUUCCUCCAGAGAACUUCUCUGUUGACAUAGCUGAAAUGGAGGAAGUGAGUGAGGUUGAGAAAUCAAUGGCUAAUCGUACAAUCCAAAGGGUACAACAGAAUACAUUUGCAGCAGAAUGUGUCCCUCCUGAGCAUCAAGUGACUUUGGUAGUAGAUUUCCAAACAUCAAGUAACUUCAAGGAAAGAGCAAAUAAGAACAAAAGCAAUUCUAUUUCAAUGGUUGAGCUUCCAUCCCCAUCUUUCAGCUUCAACCUAACUGGAAUGGUUAAUAUGUGGGAUAAUGAAGAUGAUGAGGUUAAUUCCGUUGGACAAAACUCACCAAUGGACACGGUUGAAGGAUACCAAGUGAAACCAGAAUCCAUGCCUGUAUUAAGAAAAAUUCUCAGUAAGCAUGGAGAUGUUUUUAAGAAUUGUACAGUAUUGACAAAGAAAUUCCGCUCCAUGUUAUUGGAGAUGAUAUGUGAUAUAAUCUCAGAAUUGCAAGACAAGGAUUUCAAUAAAAUCAAAGAAGAUGACCUGCAUAAUAUGAUUGCACUUGCAAAUGAGAUAAAGAAUAUGAAAGUGAACAUUGAGUGGCUUCGCCAGAGGCUGGAAGAGAUACUUGAGGCAAGGCAGAUUUUUAAACAGUCUAGCAUGCUUAAAGAGAAAAAAGAUAGCAAUAGAAAAGUCAUUGAAACUGUGGAGAGAGAAUUGGAAGAAUGUGAAGCAGAAAAGAAGACCGUGGCAGCUAAGUUUCGGUCAAUAUGUGAUAAAGAGACUGCUUGCAAGCAGACACUGGCUAGAGCAAAGGAUGAGUCUACCAGCUUAACAGCAGCUAUCACGUACGCCAAAUCAAAAGUGAGAUACUUUGUUAAUUGCUCACUGGCAGAUGGCUUGCUUUAG